UUCAUUCACAAAAUUUUUAUUUGGAUUCCCCGAAUCGACAUUUCUCAGAUCCUCUUAUUAUUCAUUCAAUAUGACUUCAAUUGAAGAAUUAUUAAAUCUCUUUUUGAGUACUGACAACGACACUAGAAAUAAAGCGGAAGAGGCAUAUGAAAAGCUUUCAAAUAACGAUAAGGUUGCACAACUGUUAUAUAUAUGCCAAGAAUGUAAUAAGGCAUAUGAGAUUAGAAAAUUAGGUGCAGUUCUUUUAAGAAGACUCUUGGGCAAUGUCAAUGAUGAAGUAUAUGAUAAACUUUCUGAAGAACUUAAACAACUUUUGAAAUCUACAUUAUUGUUUAUAAUGAAAAAAGAAAUGGAUGAAUCUAUGAAAAAGAAAAUUUGUGAUAUAAUUUCAGAAACUGCAAGAUAUUCAAUAGAUGACAAUGGUGAUAACAAUUGGCCAGAGAUUUUGCAUUUCAUGUUAGAAGCAGGAAAUUUACCCCAAUUGAAACAAAAUUUCUAUCAAAUAUUAGCUUCAUUUCCUUCAAUUUUUGGAUCUGAGGAAAAAAAAAAUUUGCCUUUCAUAAAGCAAACAAUUGUAAGUGGUCUUGCUGACGACCAAACUAAAGAAAUGAAAUUGUCAGCAGUCAAGGCCUAUUCUGCAUUCAUAGUUGAUAAUGAAAAAGAUUCUACAAUUUUAUCACAAUUUUCUGAUGUAAUCCCAACUUUAUUAAAGAUUAUAGCCGAUGAUCAUUUGAAAGCUAUCAAUGACUCACAAAUUGAGGAUGACAUUUUUGAUGACGAAGAGGAAUCCUUCUUGAAAAACAUUGUAGAAAUAUGUGAUUCUGUACCCAAAAUUCUAAGACCUUAUUUAACCCCUCUUUUAGAACUUUGCACUAAAAUUAUAUCUACUCCAAAUAUGUCUGACGAGAUUAAAUUACUAGCCUUAGAAUGUAUUGUGUCUUUAGCCGAAAAUGGGGCUCCAAUGUUUAGAAAAUUUUUAAAUCAUCAUACCAACUUCCUACAAACAUUGAUACCCACGAUUUUGACUCUUAUGGCCCAACUUUCGGAUGAUACUGAAGCUUGGUCCAAAAAAUUGAGCGACGAUAUUCCUAUAGAACCAACUGAAUCUAACUCACAAACCUCAAAUGGGCAACCCGAACUUGACGACGAGGAUUUUGAGGACAACGAGAUUUGCACCGAGGCGGAAACGGCACUGGACAGGCUAGCCUGCGCCCUGGCAGGGAAAACGUUUCUGCCACACGUUUUGAAUUGUGUGGCUACCAUGCUUAAUAGCCAAAAUUGGAAGGAAAGACAUGCAUCAUUAAUGGCUCUGGGGGCGGUUGGUGAAGGAUGUCAUAAAUAUAUGGAAACAUUAUUGGGUACCAUCGUCGAUGGCAUCAUAAUCUAUCUUAAUGAUGCGCAUCCUAGGGUACGAUACGCAGCAUGUAAUGCUAUCGGACAAAUGGCCUCCGAUUUUGCCCCAUUAUUUGAAAAGAAAUUUCACGCCAAGAUAAUUCCAGGCCUUACAAAGGUAUUGGAAGACGUUCAAAAUCCAAAGGUGCAAUCUCAUUCAGCAGCAGCCCUAGUUAAUUUUUGCGAAGAAUGUCCCCAAAAUAUUAUUAUACAAUAUUUGCAACUUUUACUCGACAAAUGCGAGAUUGUCUUCACUCAAAAUACCAAAGAUUUGUUCGAUAAUCCAGCUAUCAAUCAACAAUCUAUAAACAAAAAUGUAAUUCAAUUUGCGAACGCUAAGAAAAAAAUAUUGGAACAAAUAACUACAGCCAUAGCCUCUAUUGCAGACGCCGCGAAAUUAUCAUUCAUUCCGUUCUACUCCAAAUUCGUGCCUUGCCUGAAAUUUAUAAUCCAACAUACCACCGAUUCUAUCCAACAAACUCCCAACGAAAUGUCCGGAAAACGUCAUUCUAUGACAUUUAGUUUGCUAAGAGGCAAAGCCAUCGAAUGUUUAACUCUGAUAGGCAUGGCGGUGGGUAGGGAAACCUUUCUACCCGAUUCUCACGAUAUAAUGAAGCUCCUCCUUCCUUUACAAACGGGCCAACUUAAAAUUGCCGAUGAUGAUCCACAGCUGUCAUAUCUAAUAUCAGCAUGGGCUCGGAUGUGCUCAAUCAUGGGUCCAGAGUUUGUACAGUAUCUUCCAAUUGUUAUGGGACCUGUCAUUCAAACUGCUUCUUACAAACCCGAAGUGGCUUUUGUCGAUUCUGAAACAGCGAAAGAAGUCAAUACGAAUGACUGGCAGUUCGUAAAUAUCGGUGAAGGAGGUCAAAAUUUCGGCUUGAAGACGACCGGGUUGGAUGAUAAAGCGACAGCUUGUCAAAUGCUGGUCUGUUAUGCUCGAGAACUAAAGCACAAUUUUUCCCCCAUUUACGUUCAACAAACUCUCUCCAUCAUGAUACCCAUGCUCAAAUUUUAUUUCCAUGAUGGUGUUAGAACAGCUGCCUCUGAAAGCUUUCCUUAUUUAUUAGAAUGUGCCAAGGGUAAAGAUGCCGCAUUUGUUUUAGAAGUUUGGAAUAGCAUACGCCCGGAAUUGAUUAAAGCUAUAGAUAAUGAACCCGAAAAUGAAGUUUUGGCCGAACACAUCAAUAGUUUGGCUCAGUGUAUAGAUUUAUUGGGAAAUGGUUGCGUAAACUCUGAAAUACCGGAAAUUAUGAGGAUACUCGAGAAAUUGUUCAAGAUUCAUAUUGAAAAAGAACAAGAAAGAUUGGACAAGAAAAAUGAUGAGGAUUAUGACGAAUUGGUUGAAGAGGAUUUAUGUAUGGAAGGAGACGAAAACAAUUAUAUAUUGAGUAAAAUGUGCGAUUUGAUUCAUUCGUUUUACAAGGCGUACGGACCGAUAUUUAAUCCCACCUUCGUGGCCGUUAUCUUACCACAUGCCCUUAAUUUAUUGAAAGUUGGACGACCGUGGUCAGAUCACCAGUGGGGAAUUUGUAUUAUUGACGAUUUUAUUGAAUUCGCGGGCCCGGAAUCCUUCCAAUACAAAGACUCGUUUUUACCCUAUUUAGUAAGUUUUAUUUCGGAUGAUAGCUCAGAAGUCAGACAAGCCGCAGUUUAUGGAAUAGGUAUGAUGGCUCAAAAUAAUCCACAAAUUUAUCGCUCGAUUUGUUUAGAGUUAUUGCCGCUUCUCAGACAACUAAUAACUCAUCCAGAUUCAAGGGCGAUUGAAAACAUACACGCUACCGAAAACGCCAUAUCCGCGUUCACUAAAAUUUGCAAAUUUAUUGUAUCAACAAAUCCACAAGAUAUGACAAUGCUAAAUGAAAUGAUCCAUGAAUGGUUUGGUUGGCUUCCUGUUAGUGAGGACGUUGAGGAGGCUCAACAUAUAUACUCCUAUUUUUGCGAUUUAAUUGAAAGUAAUAAUCCGAUAGUCCUUGGCCAGAACAAUUCCAACAUACCAAAAAUAGUUAACAUAAUCGCCGAAGCUUUUAAUAAAGGUGUUGUGGAUGUCAAAGAUCUAGCUGGAAUCAGAAUGCGAAAUAUUCUACGACAAUUACAAAACAACAUCGAUUUCUUCAGGCAUUGUAUAAGCUUAUUAGAUUCUCCACAGCAAAAUAUAUUAGAGAAAAUAUUGACUCAAUAAUUAUAUUUAUAUAUUUAUUUAAUUUUUUGGAAAAAAAUCUUAUUGCAUGUAUAUUCUACAUUUUUUUUAAAUAUUUUGUAUUGUAAAUAAAAUCACCACGCGUUUUAUAACCUUAUAUUUAAGUUCUACACAAAUAG